AUGUCUUAUGAUAAUCGAACACGUUUAGUUGUAACUAUAUUUGAUGAACCAUUUAUGAUGUUAAAAAAGAAUCGUAAUGAUACAUUAACAGAGAAAAGUAUUCUACGUGGUACUAUUCUUGAUCCAUCACAUGUUGAAGGUUUUUGUGCUGAUUUAGCUUAUGCUGUAUGUCAUAAGAAAUUAAAAUUACCAUAUAAAUUUCUUAUUGAAACAAAAUAUGGAAAUGAAAUUGAAAAAGGUGUUUGGGAUGGUAUGGUUGGAGCAUUAGUUAAUCGUGAUGCUGAUUUAUCUAUAGCAUCAUUAACAAUAAAUGGUGCAAGAGAAAAAGCAGUCGAUUUUUCCAAACCAUUUAUUGAUUUAGGUAUAUCAAUAAUGAUAAGUAAACCUGAUAAAGAAAAACCUGGUGUUUUUUCAUUUAUGGAACCAUUAUCAAGAGGAAUAUGGAUUUGUGUUAUUAUAUCUUAUUUACUUGUUAGUGCUAUUUUAUUUCUUGUUAGUCGAACAUCAUCAUAUGAAUGGUAUUUUGAAAAUGAAACCGAUGUUAUACCACGAAAUAAAUUUUCAAUGCAAAAUGCAUUAUUUUUUUCAUUUGCAGCUUUUAUGCAUCAAGGUGUUGAUCUUUUACCAAGAUCAUUUUCAGGUCGAGUGGUAACUAGUGCUUGGUGGUUUUUUAGUUUAAUACUUGUUUCAUCAUAUACAGCUAAUUUAGCAGCUUUUUUAACAGUUGAAAAUUUAGUACCACCAAUUCAAACUGUCGAAGAUCUUGCUAAACAAACCAACAUUCGAUAUGGAACAUUAAGAGGUGGUUCAACAAUGGCUUUUUUUAAUAAAUCAACAUUAACAACAUUUAAACGUAUGUGGAGUUUUAUGCAACAAAAUAAAGAUGAUGUUUUUGUUACAUCAAAUCGUGAAGGUAUUCAAAAAGUUCGAGAUUCAAAAGGUAAAUUUGCAUUUCUACUUGAAUCUACAUUAAAUGAAUAUGUUAAUGAACGUUCUCCAUGUGAUACAAUGCGUAUUGGUGAAAAUAUUGAUGCAAAAGGUUAUGGAAUAGCUACACCACUUGGUUCAGAUUUACGUGAAGCUAUUAAUAUAGCUGUUUUAGAAUUAACAGAAAGUGGAUUUCUUGAACAAUUAAAACAAAAAUGGUAUUAUGAAACAAGUGAAUGUACAAAUGUUGGUACAAAAGAAUCAAAACAAAGUCCACCACUUAAUUUAGCUAAUGUUGCUGGUAUGUUUUAUGUUUUAAUUAUUGGUCUUGGAACGGCAAUGGUUAUUGCAUUUGCGGAAUUUUUACUUAAAGCAAAAAUUGAUUCAACUCGUUUAAAUCAAAGUAUACGAGAUGUAAUGCGUCGAAAUUUAAGAAUAUCAAUAACAGGUAUUGAUUUUGAUGAAAAGCAACAAAAUGUUGAUUAUUGGCCCUUACAACAACAACAACAACAACAACAACAGCAGCAGCAGCAACCAGCUAGUUCUCUCUCGAAUUCUCGAUUUAAUGAACAUCAUGAACGAACACCAACAAUAACAAGUAUAUUUGAUGUACCAAGAACUGUAGAAUCUUUUGAUUCUAACGAACAAAAAGAUAUUAUUUGUCGUUUUCCUAAUCGCGAUCAUAUUUCCCAUGUAUAA